CUCUCUCUCUCGGUGUUCACUACUUUCUUCUUGUUCGAAAUACCAAUUACGAGGACAAUCACAAUAUUAGUUCUUUUUAUAUAUUCUCAUCACUGUGGUUAGUUCUUUUCUUUGCUUUCAGUGUACGUUGUGCUUUGAGUUUCAUUAUCACUUACUACCGACUCCACGGCAAUGCAUCUGAUCACCAUUUCUUGAUUUCUUCUGCGGCAUUGCUUCAAAGGGCGAGAUAAGUCUGGAUGGCCUCUGAAUUUUGAAAAGACAGAAGUAACAAGAAGUGAUCUGGGGAAGAAUAAUUUGGCAACUCUUAUGAAUGACGAGGAUUGGUAUGCCUAAUGUAAGGUGAUACCAUGCCAAUAAAUCAAUACUCAAGGCCAACUGGGGACAACGGGUUCCAUUUAGAAGUCAAAAGGAGUUCAAGGCCACAAGAAACCUCAAAAGUUGUGAAGCCAAAGGCAACUUCACUUGAUGAACAUCAAGUUCGAAAGUCUCAAGAUGAUGAGCUUGUUAGGUACAUGUCAAAUUUGCCUGCAUAUCUCCAGCGAGUGGAGAAAGGAGAAAAGUUCCAAGAGAAUGCUCUGAGUUUUGGAGUUCUAAACUGGGAGCGUCUAGAAAAAUGGAAAUCCAACAGAAAAUGUACCACACCAAGAGGUGACACUACUGCAUCGUCCUCUAUCAGUAAUUCCUCACUUAAGGCAGGUGAGUCCAUUGCAUUCUCUAGGACACUUCAGAAGAAGAAUCUUGCUCCUUGCACGAAGCAACCCUCGUCACAGUGCCCUCAUCUUAAUUCAUCUCAUGAAGGCGGCUUUUCAAAAUUUGAGAUGGACAAGAGAAAAGAUACAGAUGACAAGUUAACAUCAGAAAAGGGAACUUCAUUUUCAGAAUUGAGGAAACAUCGAUUAUCAUGUGGUUCUAAGGAUGAGACAAGUGCUCUGAACGACGGAGUGACCAUUAGGAUAAGGGAGGUGCAAUCAUCAGAAUACUAUGUUGGUCAAAACCACCGGCAUGGCAAUGAACAGGGCACUGUUUUCAGUUUACCCAAACAUGCUCCCAAAAAGAGUUGUUCUAAGAUGCCAAAUGAUGCUUCUUGUACAUUGAUGCAUCCAAAUGAAACACCAGCCACGUUAUCCCAAGGUAAACGCAUAGAUGAAAAUGCAAUGUGUGUGAAGCCCUUAAGUGGAAGUGCAAUUGAUGCUUCCAAGAGGUUGAAUCAUGAAACUGCUGAACCAUCAACUGUGAAAGGAAAGCAUUUGUCACCUAAUCGUCAGUUUAGCUUUAGCCUUCGUAGGAUUGCCAGAAGUUUAAGUUUUAGGGAGAGCUCAGCUGUUCCCCAGUUGAGAUCUGAAGAAUCUGAUGCCUUUUUCUCUUCUGAGAUCUUUUCUGAUGUUCUACAUUCAUGCCCUCGUCCUAUUAGAUUAGAUCCCAACCCCGGGUCGGACAUGAGGCGGCAUAGCUUAGACGCUUCCCUGAGCACGGAGUUUCCUAGCUAUGAUGCAUCUAGCUCUUUAAUGUAUCCAAAUGAAAAAAUACUCAAUAAGAUAUCACGUGCAAAUUCAAUUGGGGCUUCCGCGCGGUUGGAUGAAGAAAGGCACCGCUCGCCUAAUCGUCGGUUCAGCUUUGGCCUUGGCAGUUUGAGGAGAAGCUUGAGUUUCAAGGAAGGUUCAAAUGUUCAGGGUUCCACAAAUGGUCCUCUCAAAUGUGGUCGAUUAACAUCUGAAGUGUCGGACUCUUUGGAUAGUUCAAGAAGAAACAAGGCUAACACUAGGACUAGAGCAAGAUCCAGCCCUAUGAGAAGGUUACUAGACCCUCUUUUCAAGAUCAGGGGAACAAGACCUCAUCAUUCAGCUGAGACAGCUCAGCCUUUGACCACAAACUUGAAUUUAACCUCCAAAUCUGAGUCCAUUGAGGAGAAGAAGCACGAGGCAUCCACAGUUCAAGGUCUUCUACAACUCACGAUAAAGAAUGGGCUCCCUUUGUUCAAACUUGUCAGUAGAAAUAGUGAUAUUCUUGUUGCUAUGAGAAAAUUGUCUACGUUUGCCAAGGAUGAUGCUGGAUUUAGUUACACGUUCUACUCUGUUUGUGAAGUCAAGAAGAGUGGCGGCUGGAUAAAUCAAGGGCAUAAUGCAAAAAAAUACGGAUUUAGCUAUAAUGCCGUGGGUCAGAUGAAGGUUUCCAGCUCCAUGGACCAAUUUGGUAUGAGGGAGUCUGUCCUGUACAGUGCUGAGGCAGAUCAGGAACUCGCGGCCAUUAUAAUCCCAGAUGAGACUUCAUGUGACUAUGGAGAUCAGAGACAUAAGGGCAAGGAGUUACUAUGGAUGGAAGAUAGGAACUCCUUUAGACAAGCAGAAACUGAGAAGUUGAUUAGCACAAGAGUCAUUAUUCCUGGUGGCGUUCAUGGAUUGCCUUGUAAAGGUGUUCCUUCGCCAUUGAUUGACCGGUGGAAGUCUGGUGGAUCGUGUGACUGUGGGGGCUGGGAUGUCGGUUGCAAACUAAGGAUUCUUGCCAAUGAGAAUCAUAGACAAUGCUUGAACAAAUAUCGUUUUGAACUUUUUGAUCAGGAAGAAACUCAAGACAAUCAGCCAAUAUUCAGCAUGAGACCAUUGGAGAAGGGGACCUUUUCGGUUGAAUUCAGUUCAUCGAUUUCUAUGUUACAAGCCUUCUGCAUUUGUGUCAUGGUCAUAAGUAGUCAGAAGUCAUUUGAUUUCUCAGACCUGAACUACCCGGCUGAAGAAAAAUGGCUGCAGGAAUCCAACAGGGUACGAAGGGAAGCACCCACAAAAUAUGUCCAGUCUCCACCCUCAUCUCCCGUUGGAAGAGUAUAGCUUUCAUGGAAAGAUUUAUCCGUCUUGUUGCUGGCAUUCAGCUGCGCUGAAAAGGCGAACGAAAUAGCAAUUCUAUUGUCUCGAAGAGGGACUUGUUGCCGGCAAUUCUACUCUACCACCUCGAUCGGGGAAAGUUUAGUAUUCGAGGCCUGUUUGGCACCAGUGUCACGGACAAGAAACCGGGAAAUAAAAUCAUUAAGGGAGAAUAAGUGUACUGAAACAAGGAGGGAAUGUGGUUUUUUGAGAAACGGAGACCUCAUUUUUUUUUUGGGUUUAGGGCCUUUCGGCAAAAGGUUUGUAUAUACAACGUUACGUACAACUGAAUAAUAUGGUUAUUAUUCUGCUC